AUGGAUCCCAAUUGCAUGCUGGAUUACGGUGGAUUUGAGCUGGAUGCAAGGGUCGAGAUUUGGAUGUCGUAUUUGCGGUCUGAGGGUACCACCAAGAAAAGAAGAAACGGCGGCCGCAACAAGAAAGGCCGUGGCCAUGUUACCUUCAUGCGGUGCUCCAACUGCUCGCGUUGCGUUGGAAAGGACAAGGCUAUCAAGCGCUUCACAGUGAGGAAUAUGGUUGAGAGUGCUGCUGUGCGGGAUAUCAGCGAGGCUAGUGUGUACCCUGAAUAUGUCAUCCCGAAGUUAUACAUCAAAAUCGCGUAUUGCGUUUCGUGCGCCAUCCACUCCCAUGGUCAGAGGCUCGUCCCACUUUCUCCACGUCGUCUAACAUUUCGACUAGUUGUCCGUGUCCGGUCCCGUGAGGGCCGACGCAACCGUGCGCCUCCCCCACGUGUCCGAUGGAAAGAUGGGAAGAAGGUCAACCCCGCUGUUGCAGCUGCUGAGGACGCAAAAGCUGCGGCCGCCAAAGUCUGA